AACUUUUUGUAAAUAAUGCAAAACUCAAAAAAACUAUUGCCAGUCACAUUGUAUUUACAACAACGUUUGGUUUAUACUAGCUCUCCAUUGCAAGGAAAAAGAAACUUUCGUAAAUUUCUAACAUACAACAAACGCGGCACAAGAGUAGUGAAGGAAGCUCAGCGUACGCAAUUAAAUCCUCCUGUAGCUGUACAUAAAAGAGGUGUGCGUGAUACCGGUGUCCUUAUAAAUGGAAAAUAUGUCGAAAUACCUGAGAAGAUACCCGAGCUGGUGGUACCCAAUUUAGAAAAUUGCAAGUUAAAACCCUAUGUUUCUUAUAAAGCGGCAGAUGUAGUACAAUCGGAAUUCACAAGUUUAGACUUAUUUAACGCUGUCUAUGCUGAAAAAGUUUUAGAGGAUUUUAGAAAUGGAAAGCUAAAGGAUGGCGGAAGUUCCCAAGAGCCUUCAGAAAAUGAAUUGUUAACACCAGAAGAAGCUUUGUUGAGAGCGCGUAAAACCGGUUCAGAUAUAUUUUAGCUUUAAAACACAUUAAA